GUGUCCGCAGGUGGGGACCUCGGCGCAGGGGCAGCCAUAAGUCUCCACGGCCAGGGGGAAGAAACCGACAUAAGGUGCGCGGUUACGGUAAUGGUCAAUCUUUUUGUCGGCUUGCUCCCGGGCCAUAUAUCCCCGCCCCUUACGAGCGUGUGGGUCCCGGGUGCUGAUGGGAUCCGUGACAGUGACGUCACAAAUCCAGACGGCACCCGAGUUCCUGUCGCGCAUGGCUAGGUCUGCCUUAUGACCGUCCACCGGACUGUAGAUAGUGGUCUCCUUGGUGACGAUGAACCCGGCAUCCCGCGCCAUACGGAUGCAUUCGUCGCGAAGUGCAUUGUGGGUGUCUGUCCGGCCAUGCCCCGUGCCGCAGCGGAAGAGGUGGUUGGGCAGCCGGGGGUCAAGUAUCUCGGUCCCGUCGGCGCAGUUGCAAGUGCGUGGGGCCGGGAAAGGGAGGCCGAGACGGAAGGCGAGGGCGAUGGCAAAGUGCGGAGGUUCGAGGCGGAGAGAAGGGAAUAUGGGGACGGCGUGGAUCCAAUCCCCUGCCCCGUAGCCCGCCAGAGAGAACAGGCGCUGUGUGUGGCCGGAAAUGGGGUUCAGCUCCAUCCCGCGGGACGCCGCCACUUGGUCCGCAUAUCGGGCGGCGUGGACUUCAAGGGAGAGUCGGUGCUGGAGUGGGGUUCCGGAUGGCUCCUCGCGUUCGGAGCGCAGGAGCUCUAGUGCAUGGGUCGGCAUGGCCGCCUCACACCCUGCCAGCCAGGAAGGCUGCAGGGCCUUCAAUGGCGGGGUCGGAGAGGCCUAGCCCUCCGAGCGAUGGCGGAAGUGAGGCCUGGGCCCAGGUGCGCAUUCGUUCGGCUUCCCCUCGAGGGAGUUGGAGUUUGCAUGCGCCAAGGAGGGUGUGGAAAAGCCCCCGUCCCCACUCCGUCCACUCGGGUUGUGGGAGGAAAUCCAGCGGCGUGGUGCGGGUCAGGUAGCUGACCCGCCGCGAGAUGCAGCGCGUAAGGAGGAGAGAGGCCGUUUGGGGGUCCAUGGUUGCGAUGGUGGGGAGUGGCUCAGCCAGCGAGGCCAGUUGGGAACGGAGGAAAGCGGCUGAGCCCUCCGCUGUCCCGACAAAACUCCCCAGCACCCGCAGUCCCUCGCUGUGGAAAGGGAC